CCCAUGCCGGUCACCUGAUCCCCUCCCCAGGGCCCGGGUGAAUGUUCCGCCGCGCCCACGCGGGCCUGAAAAUCGAGGCUGGCACGCCGGAAAUCGAUGGAUCAACAAUUCCCAACUCAGGGAACUGCCAGCUCCCGGAUGCUUUCGCACGGGCACCCCUAGUCAAUCCGGGACUAUGUCCUACGGCAAAUCCCUUGCAGUGAGCCAGGACUCCUUCCUUAAGCCUCCCAAGCGCGACGCCGAGGUCGAGGAACCGGAGGUCGAGUUCGAGUUCGAGGCCAAGAAGCAGAAGCGCCAGGCCACCGUUUUCGAUGCCGUUGCCGGUCGGGUGAAUUACCACGGGUUUCUCCCAGCCGCACCGUAUGCCUCCAAAUACCGCGAUACCGCAUCGUCCAGCUCCCGUCCUGUCCGUCCGGAGGAGGUCCUGUUCCGUCGACAGAACGCGCCGACUCGCUAUGAGGAGAAUGACUUCUACUUUGCCCACGAGACUCUGCCGCCCACCUGUCCGCUGCCCACGUCCGAACUGCUGGGGGCGCUGCACGCCUACUCGGCCGAUUUCUACGAGCGCGCGACGAUCGACCAGGGUCGCGACGACAUUCACAGCAUGGACGAGACGGCCCUGAUUGCCAUGGGAAUACUGCUGGAGGAGAUGGCAAAGGAGUCGCUGGGUGAAACCGGAGACAUGGUGUUGGUGGAGGGCGAGGAAAUCCCGCCCGGUGAGGCUCGAUUGCCCGGCAGAGUGGGCAAGAUGGGUCGGAAGAUGGGCCGGAAGAGAGCCAAUACCGGACAAAACGAUGUCAUGCCCAGCUCGGGGGAUGAUACCGAAGAUGUGUCCCAGAAGAGACGAUCCAAGAGGCGCAAGCUGGGGCGGAGAGACUGGAGAGCCUCCACCGACAUGGACACCGAGGCCGACGAGGGACCGUCAGUCUGGUGAAACCGCUUCGCGUCGUACAAUACCA